AGUUGUGUGUUGGUUAACAGACAGCUCUCAGUCUGGGGCGAGCGCUUCAGUGAGCUUGGACCGAUGCUCGGGCAAUAGUCCCUGCGGCGGCAGCGGCGGCGGCGGCAGUAGUGGUGGCAGAAGAGAGGAAGGGGGAGGGUCCCGAGGGCUACACACGCUCACACUUUCAAGUUCCCUUGGAGGGAGAAGAGGUGCGGCUGCAGAAAGAGGAGGCCAGGAGCAGUUCCAUCCGUCCCGUCCCGUCUCCCCCUCUUACUCUUGCUCCCUGCACCCUGGCUCUGCGAGAGUUGAGGGUUCGGGUGGCAGUACGCGGCAGUGAGGGCAAGAGGGCCAGGAGAGUGGGCACCGGAGCCAGGGGUGCGGGGGAAGAUGCCCAUCCUGCUGUUCCUCAUAGACACGUCCGCCUCUAUGAACCAGCGCACUGACCUGGGCACCACCUAUUUGGACAUUGCCAAAGGCGCUGUGGAGUUAUUCUUGAAGCUGCGCGCCCGGGACCCGGCCAGCCGCGGAGACAGGUACAUGCUGGUCACCUACGACGAACCGCCGUACUGCAUCAAGGCUGGUUGGAAGGAAAAUCACGCAACAUUCAUGAGUGAACUAAAAAAUCUUCAGGCUUCUGGACUGACUACUCUUGGUCAGGCUCUAAGAUCCUCAUUUGAUUUGUUAAAUCUCAAUAGAUUAAUAUCUGGAAUAGACAAUUAUGGACAGGGGAGAAAUCCAUUUUUUUUAGAACCAUCUAUUUUAAUUACCAUCACAGAUGGAAACAAGUUAACAAGUACUGCUGGUGUUCAAGAAGAGCUUCAUCUGCCUUUGAAUUCUCCUCUGCCUGGAAGUGAACUAACCAAAGAACCUUUUCGUUGGGAUCAAAGGUUAUUUGCCCUGGUGUUGCGUUUGCCUGGAUUGGCUUCUACUGAACCAGAGCAGCUAGGGAGUGUACCAACUGAUGAAUCUGCCAUCACACAGAUGUGUGAGGUCACAGGAGGUCGCUCCUACUGUGUUAGAACACAGAGAAUGUUGAAUCAAUGUUUAGAAUCUUUAGUUCAAAAAGUUCAGAGUGGUGUAGUUAUUAACUUUGAAAAAACGGGACCAGAUCCACUUCCUAUUGGAGAAGAUGGACUUAUGGAUUCAUCCAGGCCAAGCAAUUCAUUUGCUGCUCAACCAUGGCAUAGCUGUCAUAAGCUCAUUUAUGUGCGACCUAACUCUAAGACUGGUGUUCCUGUUGGACAUUGGCCAAUUCCAGAAUCUUUUUGGCCAGAUCAGAAUUUACCUUCACUACCUCCACGAACAUCUCAUCCUGUUGUGAGGUUCUCCUGUGUAGAUUGUGAGCCAAUGGUAAUAGACAAACUUCCCUUUGACAAAUAUGAACUUGAACCUUCACCCUUAACUCAGUACAUCCUGGAACGAAAGUCUCCCCAUACCUGCUGGCAGGUAUUUGUUACUAGCAGUGGAAAAUACAAUGAACUUGGAUAUCCGUUUGGUUAUUUAAAAGCCAGUACGACUUUAACUUGUGUAAACCUCUUUGUGAUGCCGUACAACUACCCAGUUUUACUCCCUCUUUUAGAUGACUUGUUUAAAGUUCACAAGCUUAAGCCAAAUGUGAAGUGGCGACAGGCUUUUGACAGCUACUUAAAAACUCUGCCUCCAUACUACUUAUUACCAUUAAAGAAAGCACUAAGGAUGAUGGGAGCUCCAAAUCUGAUAUCAGAUAAUUUAGAUUGUGGACUUAGUUACAGUGUUAUCUCUUACCUUAAAAAACUCAGCCAACAGACCAAACUAGAGUCAGAACGAAUACUAGCAUCAGUGGGGAAGAAACCUCCCCAGGAAAUUGGAAUCAAAGUGAAAAAUCAUUCUGGAGGUGGAGUGUCCCUGACUCACAAUAAAAAUUUUAGAAAACUAUUGAAAGAAAUCAUAGGAGAAACAGCACCGAGACUGGCAGAAUUGAAUACCAAAGAAUUUGCCGGCUUCCAAGUAGGGCUCUUAAACAAGGAUUUGAAACCUCAGACAUAUAGAAAUGCUUAUGAUAUUCCACGUAGAGGUCUUUUAGACCAGUUAACCAGAAUGCGAUCCAAUCUGCUGAAAACACACAAGUUUAUUGUUGGACAAGAUGAAGAUUCCCUUCAUAGUGUUCCAGUCGCACAAAUGGGUAACUAUCAGGAAUAUCUAAAGACAUUGGCUUCUCCACUUCGAGAGAUUGAUCCAGAUCAACCAAAAAGACUACAUACUUUUGGCAAUCCAUUUAAACAAGAUAAGAAGGGAAUGAUGAUUGAUGAAGCAGAUGAGUUUGUAACAGGGCCACAAAACAAAGUGAAACGUCCUGGAGAACCCAGCAGUCCUCUGUCAUCUAAGAGAAGGCGGAGUAUGUCCCUGCUGUUGAGGAAACCACAAACACCACCUACUGUAACUAACCACGUGGGCGGAAAGGGACCACCCUCAGCCUCGUGGUUCCCAUCUUAUCCAAACCUCAUAAAACCCACCCUUGUACAUACAGAUGUUACUGUCACUCGCGACGCUCAUGAGGAGAAGAUGGAAAAUGGUCAAAUCUCACCUGAUGGCUUCUUGUCAAAAUCUGCUGCCCCAGAGCUUAUGAAUAUGGCAGGAGAUAGUAUCCCACCCGACCAAGUGGAUUCUCUGUCUGAUGAUUUCACUAGUCUCAGGAAACAUGGCCUGAUGCACAAUCCUGGUAGUAAUGCACUCAUAGGAGGAACCAAGAACUGCAAUGUCUCUGUAGAGGAUCGAAAAGUGUCAGUAACAUCUGCUUUGGAAACUGGGCCAAAUACGUUGCAAAUAACUCCUGCUAUGGCACAAGGAAUCAAUGCUGAUAUAAAACACCAGUUAAUGAAGGAAGUUCGAAAAUUUGGACGAAGUUCAAAAGACGAGUCUUAAUUCAGUACCUUGAGAAGGUACUAGAAAAAAUAGAAUCCCAUCACCUUCUCAACAACGUUAAUCACAUCAACAGCAGAUCAUGAUGUUAAUGCAAAGACCAAGGAGGAAAAAAGAAUAAGUUUUCUGUGCUGUAGGAUAGAAUGAGAUAUUGUUGAGUAUCCUACGAUGUUUUAGUCAAGGGAACUGCCUUCCAGAGGCUACGAAAAAGCAGUGGAGCUUUUUGUUUUCAGAUCCUCUGGUGGGAAAAGCUGGCUUUUGCCCUAUGAGUUUUCUUUGAAAGUAUUAAUUGGUUGUUUUGUUGUUACUUUUCCCAAUUGAGGAGGGUGAUGUUAUUAAUCCAGCAGGUUAAAAUCAGUAAACCCUGUCGCCCCUGCCACAUGUGAUAAGGGUUCACUCUUGAACUUGGCCGUCCUGGGCAUUUCCAGAGUGACGAGGGGCCAUGUGCAGGUGGAGCACUCCUUGGUGCUCUUACUAUGUCCUUUAGAAAGAACAGGUGUUCAGAGGCCAACUGGUAAUCUUGUGUGUGCUGAACAAAGUUUUCAACCAUUCCGAGUUGUGCCUUUAAAACCAUGCAACAUUCAGGACAGUUUGGAUCAAAGAGUAAGAAAGCUGCUAUUUGGGUAACUUAUUUCUCCGUGGGAGGGGCAGGGGAAGUCACCAAACAAUCUACCUCCAACUCUGUUCUAUUUUGUCUAGAGACAUUACAAAGUGCACCUGAGGCUGCCUCAACCCCUGACAUUUGUUCUCGCAUGUGACGACAGAAAGUCUUCAGGUGGACUUGUGCAUUCUGUGCUUCAGAAGCA